CACCAGUCUACCACCACAAAUAUUACAGUAGUGAGGAUGCGGGGGACUGUUAGUCCUUCACAUUCACUCCAGAGCAUCAUGGACUACUCUCUUAGUCUCGUCACGUGGCGCGGAUCCUUCUACUGCCAAACAUUUGAACAUCCACUUGCCCGUGGUGCUGUUCUUUCGCCUUGCGCGGCCUUUAACCUCCAACCCACUCCCACAAACAUCACCACGGAAUCUCUAUCAUGGCCACAGCUACCGUGACUGGGAAGAUUCCAAAAGCUUCGCCACCGUCCGCUCUGCCAUCAAAUGAUCCUCUGACGCCUGAGCAAUGGAAGACAUUUCUGGCAAUUUCCGAUGCCUUCGUCCCAGCUGUGCAACCAAAGUCCAAAGCGGACCCUAUGCACCAACUCGCUGUGCCCGACGAUGAAUACUCACGAGCGAUGAGCGUGCUUGAAAGAAUCACGCCAACAGAGACCGGGCGGCUGCUUGUGGACAAUUAUCUUCAGGAAUCGCCAGGAACCUCAGAGGCUUUCAGGAAGGCCGUCUACCGGCUGAUGAGCUUCUUUAUGGUCCCAGACCAGAAGAAUCAACUGAUAAUGGUGCUCAACGUGCUGAACUAUCGAGCUGGCUCGCUUCUCUUGACUGGUUCAACAACACCCAUCAGUGAACAGCCUGUCCACGUGCGCGAGCAGAUCCUGCGUGGAUGGGAAAACUCUCGCCUGCCACCUCUCCGACUACUCAUGCGCUCGCUUCAGAUGCUAACAAAGCAGUCAUGGAUACAGACCAGUCCUUCCAUGGGGCCUUUACUUGGCUAUCCGCGAGUGCCAGUCCAUGGAACACCUGGAAAAGGAUUCGAGUACAGCUUUAUUCAGAUGCCACCUGGCGAUGGACCGGAGAUCAUCGAAACUGAUGUUGUGGUUGUCGGCAGUGGAUGUGGAGCCGGUGUGAGCGCGAAAAACGUGGCAGAUGCUGGUUACAGAGUCAUUGUAGCCGAAGCCGGCCACUACUGGCCCCCAGAACAUUUGCCCAUGACCGAGCAAGAGGGACAGACGAAUCUCUUCAUGAACGGUGGUUUAAUGCUCUCCGACGACCAGUCGAUUGGCGUAGCUGCAGGUCAAACAUGGGGCGGCGGCGGUACAGUCAACUGGUCGGCGUCGUUGCAAACGCAAAGUUUCGUGCGUAAAGAAUGGGCUGACAGUGGCCUCCCAUACUUCACAUCCGCAGAGUUCCAGGCAGACCUGGAUACCGUAUGUAAUAGAAUGGGUGUCUCGACCGACUUCAUACAGCACAACCAAACCAACCAACUGCUCAUGGAAGGUGCCCGCAAACUCGGGUACGGCCACAAAGCCGUUCCGCAGAACACUGGUGGAAAGCAGCAUUAUUGCGGCUACUGCACACUCGGUUGCGCAUCCUGUGAGAAGCAAGGCCCCGUAAUCUCCUAUCUUCCAGACGCUGCACGCGCUGGGGCACAGUUCAUUGAAGGGUUUCACGUCAAAAAGGUACUCUUCGAAGACAAGAAAGGUGGCCGUACCGCCGUGGGUGUGCAGGGAAUAUGGAAGUCGCGUGACCUGAACGGUGGCAUUGAGGGCCCCUCGACGGUCAUUCGCGACGUGAUCAUCAAGGCAAAACGUGUCAUUGUGUCUGGUGGAACCAUGCAGUCCCCCCUUCUUCUCAUGCGCUCCGGCCUUAAGAACUCAAAUAUCGGCAAAUAUCUUCAUCUACACCCUGUCUCAUUCCUCGGUGCCAUCCACGAGCGCGAGAUCAAGCCGUGGGAAGGUGGUAUCCUCACUGCUGUCGUCUCCGAAUACGAGAACCUGGAUGGCGUAGGCCACGGCGCGAAGAUUGAAGCUACAAAUAUGCUACCGGCGACUUGGCUACCAUGGGCAGCCUGGGACGGCGGACUGGGAUAUAAGAUCAACGCCGCGCGCAUGAAGCACAUGGUCGGCUACAUCUCCAUCGCCCGCGACCGCGACACAGGCAGCGUCUUCAUUGACCCGAACGAUGGCCGCUGCCGCAUCAACUACCAUCCAAGCGCCUUCGACAAGAAACACAUCAUGGAAGGUGUGAUUGCAUGUGCAAAGAUCCAGUACAUCGCUGGCGCGACAGAGAUCUUCACCACCAUUCCCCACGUGCCUAAGUUCGUGCGUAAUCCAGCAAACGCAGGCCUCGGAAUCAAUGACCCGGAGUUUGUCGCCUGGUUGGCAACAGUACGGAGAGCAGGGUUUCCGAGUCCAGAGACGCUGUUCGUGAGUGCGCAUCAGAUGGGCACGUGUCGCAUGGGCGCCAGCAAGGGGACCAGUGUGGUGGAUCCGAAGGGCAAGGUCUGGGAUACACAGGGGCUGUAUGUGGCAGAUGCGAGCGUGUUCCCGAGUGCAAGUGGUGUCAAUCCGAUGAUUACAAACAUGGCGAUAUCAAAUUAUAUCUCGCGGAACGUGGUGGCCGGAUUGGCAGACGGGAUUAGGGGGAAGCUGUGAUAGUUUGUCGAAGGCCGAGGAUCGAGGAGUUGAGGUGCUGAGGUGCUGAGCAUUCUAAUACGGUG